AUGCAGGCUAAGGAUUGCGGCUUCUUGCCUGGACGGGGUGCCCAGUACUACGAGCUCAAGUGCCACAAGAUCACAACAUUCAAUCUGAACUUUCUCACAGGCAUGGAGUAUGUCAUCAAAGCACAGCCACGAGACUUCAAGUCGCCAGUUGGCAAAACUGCCCUUCUGCUGCUGAAGCUGCAGCACGACUUCUUGGAGCCCGGGGGCUAUGCGGAACUACUUGGGAACGACCUUUCAAAAGUGCAAUCUAUCAGGCCAGAAGUCGCCAAACUCCUGGAAGCAGCCAGAGAGGCAAAGCUGACCGUGGUCCAUGUGGCAGAAGCAUACAAGCCAGACCUGAGUGACCUGGCCCCUUCCAAGGCCAGCAAGACCAAGAAGCAGACUGGCGGAGUCGGCAUUGGGGAUGAGGGCUCCCAAGGGGGGCGCAUCCUGAUUCAGGGGGAGAUUGGCACGCAGUUCGUCGAUGAUGCGGCCCCCCUAGAUGGAGAGAAGAUUGUCUACACUCCCGGCAAGGGCAUCGGCCACGCCACAGACGUUCACGAAUUCCUGGUCAAGGAGGAAAUCCGCUAUGUGCUGGUCGCCGGACUGGAGACCGACAUCACGGUCCAGAUCGUCAUGCGCGAGCUCAACGACCGCGGCUUCGACCCGCUCCUAGUUGACGAGUGCACCGCUAGCUACAACCCCGACUUCAAGGCGGCGUCGCUGACUCAGAUCACGGCCCAGGGCGGGAUCAUCGGCUGGGUCGCCAGCUUGGAUGCCGUUCUUUCCGGCCUCUCCAGCCCGGAAUCCGCUGGCCCGCCGGAACCGGUCGACGAGGCGUGGGCGAAGGUCCCCUGGAUCGGAAAGCCGGACCCUCUGGUUCCGGCCGUUGUGCCGCUGCCGGCCAACUACGAAAACAUGAAGAGAGCGACCGUGGAGGGAGCCAAGCCUUGGCCGUUCACGUUCCCAGUUGAGGCGACCGCGCUGGUGAUGAUCGACAUGCAAAGGGACUUUGUGGAGGAGGGCGGCUUUGGGUCUACGCUGGGCAACAACGUCAAGCUGCUGCAAGCCAUCGUGCCUACCGUACGAAUGAUCCUGGAUACGUUUCGCGAGUUCGGCAUGCCCAUCGUCCACACUCUGGAGGCGCAUUAUCCGGACCUGAGCGACGCCCCGCUGGCCAAGCUCACCCGAGGGCAGCUGCCGGUCGGGCUCCGGAUCGGAGAUGAGGGCGAGAUUGGCGGCCGCAUCCUCGUCCGAAAUGAGGAAGGGAACGGCAUCGUCGACGAGAACGCGCCGGCCCCUAACGAGAAGGCUAUCCACAAGCCCGGAAAAGGCGCUUUCUACCAGACCGACAUCUACGAGUUUCUUCUGUCCAAGGGCGUGACCCACCUGCUGUUCGGGGGGGUGACAACCGAGGUGUGCGUCCAGACCACGAUGCGCGAGGCCUGCGACCGGGGCUUCGAGUGCCUCAUGGUGACAGACGCAACGGAGAGCUACUUUCCUGAGUUCAAGAGCUCCACGCUGGAGAUCCUCGCGAGUCAGGGGGCGAUUGUGGGCUGGACUGCGUCUGCCCAAGAAGUCCGAGAUGCGCUGCUGGCUAGCAAGGAGACUCACGCCAACGGCACAACUUCCUAAAGGCGGGGCCUAGCCGGGCCGUUCAGCUUUACAUUGAUUUAUUCGUUAGGAAGGGCUGGCAUCUAGGAACGGUUAGCAAAAGCCUGGCUGCCUCGAACCGCUGGCCUGGGCCUUUGCUACCGUAUACUUGAUAGUAUGAAGGAUCGAGAGUCCAGCUUCGGAUAGAAGAACGAUAGUGUAUAUAUGUUAUGCAACCUCUAGUGGAGUGUGGAUAGAGGGCCCACCACCAAGGCAAUUAUCAUGGAAUACGUUUGUGGGUAACAACAACUGCUUGGAUACUGCAAAUUAUCGCCAAUUGAUCUCAGCAGUGAAGACUAUCACGGUUGUUGUACCUCAUUUAUUCGGAGCAGUUGCGUCACGCCGUCAGUGCUUGUUACGUUUUGAACGAGGGUUGAACUAAGGUAGACUAAGGUCAAGGAGUUGAUUGGUAGAACAUUUAUAUAUCAUGACAUUUCUUGAGGACGGUAAUUAAGCAGAAUAACCGAUUGACCACACGUAUAUAGCAACAUCUUGUCAAGACUGCACUAAGCAAGCAGCAAUUCGUGCGA